AUGCACGAACAGUUGCAUCUGAGUCCUCGAUGGAAGAGUUGGUCACGCAGGAAAGAAGGAUGGGGUAAAACGUCAUCUGAAUGGCUGGAACGAGAAGACACCACGCACUCACCGUCAUCUGUGACACCGGAGAAAAACUGUUCCUCCGAACAUGCGACAGUACAGGAGUCAGAGGAGGCAUGUGUUUAUUUAUCUGGGGUUCGGGAUGGAGAUGUCAAACUUCUGACCCUGGAUAACGUUGCUGGAAUUAAACACUUCAUCAUAACAGUGCUCCCAACUGGUAAAGUUAUGAUCGAGAAAUACGCAUUCGAAUCCGUUAGCUCCAUGAUUGUAUACCAUCUUACUAAAAAGGAGUCUGUAACGAAGUCCCAAGAGGUGAUCCUACGCAAUCCGAUCGUUCGCCAAAGUUGGGAGCUGUCCCACGACGAUGUAGAACUAACGAAGAAACUGGGAGAAGGUGCUUUUGGUGAAGUACACGCUGGGAAAUUAAAGUUAAAAAAUGGAUCUAAGGUUCCAGUUGCUGUGAAACUUGCAAAAUUGGAAGUUCUAACAAAGGAACAAAUCAAAGAAAUCAUGCAUGAAGCGCGUCUUAUGAGAAACUUUGAUCAUCCGAAUGUAGUUAAAUUCUAUGGUGUGGCCGCAGGACAAGAACCUCUUAUGGUGAUUAUGGAGCUGGUGAACUGUGGUGCAUUGGACUCAUACCUUCAAAAAAAUGAACAACCUAUGGAUAAGAAGAAUGAAAUGUGCUUGCAAGCAGCUUGGGGUUUGGAAUACUUACAUGCCAAGAAUGUUCUUCACAGGGAUAUUGCUGCAAGGAACUGUUUGUAUGGGGACAAUAAGGUAAAAAUCUCUGAUUUUGGCCUUACUCGGGAAGGAACUGUGUAUCAAAUGGAUCCCCAUAAAAGAGUUCCUAUUAGAUGGCUUGCUCCCGAAACACUGAAGAUGGCUAUCUACACUCAGAAGACUGAUGUGUUCAGCUACGGCAUUAUGUGCUGGGAGAUAUACAACAACGGUAUAGAACCAUAUCCAGGAAUGAGUGUCGCAGAAGUCCACCAAAGUGUCAAAGAAGGGUAUCGAAUGGAACUGCCGCCGAAUGUCCAUCCUGAUAUUCAAAUGUACAUCAAGGUUUCAUUUCGCUGUAAUAUAGUUCAUUAUUAA